AUGAGCAAUUCAGCUGCUUUGGCGAGACCGAGGCCGUCCCCAACAGCACGCGCGGUUGUGUUUGGCGUCUUCUUCCUCCUCGUCUGGUUCUCCGCCAGCCAUGGCGUCCUCGCCGCCGGACACCCUGACUACGCCGACGCUCUCGCCAAGUCGUUGCUCUUCUUCCAGGGGCAGAGGUCCGGCCGCCUGCCGCCGGACCAGGCCGUCACGUGGAGGUCCGACUCCGCCACGUCCGACGGCUCGGCUGCAAACGUUGACCUCUCCGGUGGGUACUACGACGGCGGCGACAACGUCAAGUUCGGCUUCCCGAUGGCGUUCACCGCGACCAUGCUGUCGUGGAGCAUCAUCGAGUACGGCGGGCGGAUGGGGGGGCGCGUGCACGACGCGCGCGCCGCGGUCCGGUGGGCGACGGACUACCUGCUGAAGGCGGCCACGGCGACCCCGGGCGUGCUCUACGUCGGCGUGGGCGACGCUGACGCGGACCACCGCUGCUGGGAGCGGCCGGAGGACAUGGACACGCCGCGGACCGUGUACUCGGUGUCAGCGUCCGCCCCGGGGUCCGACGUCGCAGGGGAGACCGCGGCCGCGCUCGCCGCGGCCAGCGUGGUGUUCAAGGCCGCCGACCCGGCAUACUCCAGGAGGCUGGUCGCGGCGGCCAGGGACGUGAUGGCGUUCGCUUGGCAGCACCAGGGCAAGUACAGCGACCACGUCGGCGGCGGCGUCAGCAACUACUACCCGUCCUACUCCGGUUACACGGAUGAGCUCCUAUGGGGAUCCGCGUGGCUGCUGUGGGCGACGAAGAACACCUCCUACCUCGCCGACGCCCUCUCCCUCGGCGCCAGCGACGGCGUCGACAUGUUCAGCUGGGACAACAAGCUCGCCGGGGCGCGCGUCCUUCUCUCACGGAGGGUGCUGGUGAAUGGCGACAAGAGGCUGGACGCGUUCGCGCGUCAGGCGGAGGACUUCAUCUGCCGGGUCCUCCCCAAGUCCGCCUCGCCGUCGUCCACGACGCCGUACACUCCCGGCGGCCUGAUGCACCGCUCCGACAACGCCAACCUGCAGUACGUCGCCUCCGCGAGCUUCCUGCUCACCACCUACGCCAAGUACAUGGCCAGCUCCAAGUCCAACCGCACCCUCUCCUGCCAGAACCUCCCCGUCACCUACAGGACAUUGCGAGCGCUCGCCAAGCGGCAGGUGGACUACGUGCUGGGCGCCAACCCGCUGGGCAUGUCAUACAUGGUGGGCUACGCCGACCGGUGGCCGCGGAGGAUCCACCACAGGGCGUCCUCGAUGCCGUCCGUGGCCGCGCACCCGGCGCGCAUCGGCUGCCAGGAAGGGUUUGACAGCUACCUCUACGCCUCCGGCGAUAACCCCAACGUGCUCACCGGCGCUGUCGUCGGCGGGCCAGACCAGAACGACGCGUUCCCCGAUGACCGCGCCGACUACGCGCGCUCGGAGCCCACCACAUACACCAGCGCGCCUCUCGUCGGCUGCCUCGCAUACUUCGCCGGGAGCUACAAGAACAAAUGA